AUGCAUUCAGCAACAUUCAUAGCCAUUGUCGGUCUGCUAAUAGCCGUGUAUAUUGUCACGCGGCGUAAAUCAACUUCGUCUUUGUCCCUGCCGCCGGGCCCCAAGCCAUUGCCGAUAAUUGGCAAUGUCCACCAAGCUCCCAAGUCCCACGGCUGGAGGACGUAUCGCGAAUGGAGCAAGCAGUAUGGGCCCAUCGUUCACGUCAACAUGCUUGGACAGCCCAUCAUCAUUUUGUCUACGUCUGAAGUAGCCCACGACCUCCUAGCGAAGCGUGGAGCCAUAUUUUCGGACCGACCUCGUCUUUUUUUGGCGACAGAGUUGGCCUUGAAAGGACUCAACAUCCUCAUGAUGAAUUACACCGACCAAUUCCGACAACAUCAGAGGCUACAGGUCUCAGUGUUAAACGCGACGCCGGCAGCCGCCUAUCUCCCCUUCCAGACUCUGGAAUCACAGCAAUUGAUACACGAUCUCCUGGAAAAUGCGGGCGGCGCUGGUGCUGACGUUCAAGGACAUUUUCAGCGCGCAGUCGCUAGCAUCAUCCAUGCGUUGCUGUAUGGCUUCCGUGUCAAAGACUACAACGACCCGGUGCUUCGCGCCGUUGUUAAACUCAACGAUGAGUUCUCCGAGUUUAUCCAGGUUGGCGCGCACAUUGUUGACCAGUUCCCUGUGCUUAAUAAUCUGCCCGGCUUCUUGGCCCCAUGGCAGGCAAAGGCUGAGAAUCACUACACGACCAAGUAUGAUCUGCGCGCUGAAAACUUUCGGCGGGGCCUGGAGUCGGACGCCUGGAAUAUAUCAAAGCAUCUCAAGAAGACCGUCGAAAAGGAUAGCCUCGACAUGCCCUUGGACGAGCUAGCGUUUGAGCUUGGUACCAUGAUUGACGCCGCGCUGGACGGUACUACAGACAGCUUGAUCUGGUUUGUGGUGGCCUGCAUCACCCAAGACCAGGGCUUCGUCGCCAAGGCACGCGAGGAGCUGGAUGCCGUUGUCGGGCGCGACCGACUCCCAGUCCCAGAUGACAAGCCCAAGCUGCCGUACGUCACCGCUAUUGUCGAAGAGAUAUUCCGUUGGCGACCCGCUGGCCCCGAGGGCGUCCCUCACUUGAACAAGGAGGAGACUACCUACAAUGGAUAUAUCAUUCCCAGGGGAUCUGUUAUUGUACCCAACGUUUGGACAAUCUCCCGGGAAGAGGCCUUGUUCGGCCCGGAUCCCGACGAUUUCAUACCGGAUCGCUGGCUCGACGAGGACGGCAAAACGCUCAAAGCCCUCCCCCCUGCCGUCUUCGGCUAUGGAAGGCGGACCUGCCCGGGGCGGUAUUUCGCCCGUAAUGCUAUCUGGGUAGUCGUCGCCCAGCUGCUAUGGUCAUUCGACAUCAAGGCUGGCCUGUCUGAGGAGACGGGCGAGCCCAUCCUCGUUGACCCUAUUGCAUGCACCUACGGCCUGGUUAUGCGGGCCCUGCCUUUCAAGGCUUCGUUUAACCCUCGUGGGCCUUGGGUGCGUGAAGUGAUUGCCAGAGAUGGUGACACUUAUAGCAAGGAUCAUGCGGCCAUGCUCAACCAAAUUGGGGCAGAGUUCGCUAAGCUGUAG